AUGGAGAAAUACAACUUGACAGUGGUGACUGAAUUCAUCCUAAUGGGCAUCACUGACCGCCCUGAGCUGCAGGCCCCAUUAUUUGGGCUAUUCCUCUUCAUCUAUCUGAUCUCAACUGUGACCAACUUGGGCAUGAUCAUCCUCACCAUGGUGGACCACAGGCUGCAAACCCCCAUGUACUUCUUUCUCAGACACCUGGCUCUCACAGAUCUUGGUUAUUCUACAUCCGUGGGACCCAAAAUGUUAGUAAAUUUUGUUGUGGAUCAAAAUACAAUACCCUUUAAACUUUGUGCAGCACAGCUAGCUGUCUUUCUUGUGUUCAUUGCUUGUGAACUGUUUCUUCUGUCUGGGAUGUCUUAUGAUCGCUAUGUGGCCAUUUGUAACCCUCUGCUCUAUACUUUCAUCAUGUCUCGAAGAGUAUGUCAGGUGAUGGUGGCAAUUCCUUAUCUCUAUAGUACAUUUGUGUCUCUUUUAGUCACUACAAAGAUUUUCACGUUAUCGUUUUGUGGGUAUAAUGUCAUUAACCACUUCUAUUGUGACAGCAUCCCCUUAUUAUCAUUGCUCUGCUCAAAUACUCAUGAAAUAGAAGUGAUCAUUCUGAUCUUGGCUGCUUUGAAUUUGAUGUCCUCUCUCCUGGUUGUCCUUGUGUCCUACCUACUCAUCCUCAUAGCCAUUCUCAGGAUGAAGUCUGCUGAGGGAAGGCGCAAGGCUUUCUCCACAUGUGGGUCCCACCUCACAGUGGUCACAGUCUUCUAUGGGACUUUGAUAUUUAUGUAUGUGCAGCCUAAAUCCAACCACUCAUUUGAUACCGAUAAAAUAUCCUCCAUCUUUUAUACCCUGAUUAUCCCCAUGUUGAAUCCCUUGAUCUAUAGCUUGAGAAAUAAAGAUGUAAAACAUGCCCUACAAAGGACAUGGAAGAAGUUGAGCAUUUUUCUGCCUUAUAAGCUGCAUUGA